AGUGACCUAUGAUGAUGUGCAUAUCAACUUUACUCGGGAAGAGUGGAAUUUGCUGGAUGCUUCCCAGAAGAAUCUCUACAAAGAUGUGAUGCUGGAGACGUACAGGAACCUCGCUACUAUAGGAUGCAUUUGGGAAGACCAUAAUAGUGAAGAGCAUUGUCAAUUUUCUAGAAGACCUGAAAGGAUUGAAAGAAUUCAAGCUGGAGAAGAACUUUCAGUAGAUAUUCAAUGUUCUGAAGCCUUCACACGUGCCAGUCACCUUAAAUGGAAUGAAAGAACACACACUGGAGAGAAAGCCUAUGAAUGUAAUCAGUGUGGUAAGGCCUUUGCAGUUCAGAGUUAUGUUCAAAUCCAUAAAAGAAUACAUACUGGAGAGAAACCCUAUCAAUGUAAUCAAUGUGAAAAGGCUUAUUCACACUCAUGUCAGCUUCAGAGGAAUAAAAAAACACAUGAUAGUAAGGAACCCUAUGAAUCUAAUCAGUGUCAUAAAGCCUUUGCUCAUCACAAUUUUCUUCAAAUGCACAAAAGGACACAUACUGAAGAGAAACCCCAUGAAUGUAAUCGGUGUGGUAAGGCCUUUGCUCAUCUUGCUACUCUUAAAAACCAUAAAAGAACACAUACUGGAGAGAAACGCUAUGAAUGUAAUCAGUGUGGUAAGACCUUAUCUCACCACAGUGCUUUUCAAAGGCAUAAAAGAACACAUACUGGAGAGAAACCCUAUGAGUGUAAUCAUUGUGGUAAGGCCUUAGCAGAUCAGAGCAAUCUUCAAUCGCAUAAAAGAACACACACUGGAGAGAAACCCUAUCAAUGUAUUCAUUGUGGUAAGGUCUUUGCUCACUACAGUGGUCUUCUAAUACAUGAAAGAAUACAUACUAAAGAGAAGCCCUAUGAAUGUAAUCAGUGUGGUAAGGCCUUUGCUUAUCACAGUAGUCUUCAAACUCAUAAAAAAACACAUACUGGGGAGAAACCCUAUGAAUGUAAUCAGUGUGGUAAGGCCUUUGCUUAUCACAGUACUCUUCAACAUCAUAAAAGGACCCAUACUGGAGAGAAACCCUAUGAAUGUAAUCAGUGUGGUAAGGCCUUUGCUUAUCACAGUAGUCUUCAACAUCAUAAAAGAACACAUACUGGAGAGAAACCCUAUGCAUGUAAUCAGUGUGGUAAGGCCUUUGCACUUCUUGCUACUCUUCAAAACCAUAAAAGAAUACAUACUGGAGAGAAACCCUAUGAAUGUACUCAGUGUGGUAAGGCCUUUAAUCAGCGCAGUGCUCUUCGAAUGCAUAAAAGGACCCAUACUGGAGAGAAACCCUAUGAGUGUAAUCAGUGUGGUAAGGCCUUCGCAGGUCGCAGCAAUCUUCAAUCGCAUGAAAGAACACACACUGGCGAGAAACCCUAUGAAUGUAAUCAGUGUGGUAAGGCCUUUGCUCAUUGCACCGCUCUUCGAAUGCAUCAAAGGUCCCAUACUCGAGAGAAACCCUAUGAAUAUAAUAAGUGUGGUAAGGCCUUUGUUCAACACAGUGCUCUUCAAAGGCAUCAAAGAACACACAUGGGUGCGAAACAGUAUGCAUGA